AUGGUCACCGACGAUAAGUCUCGCAUGCGGCGGGGCAUCCCCCUGAAGGCAAAGGAUGAAGCGACUGACGCGCUCGAAACCCUGAUUAAGGAAGUCGCAGACCCCGAGGGCAUCUGCAUCGGGAAAAUCCAUUGCGAUGGCGCAGCCGACUUCAAGGGCAGCCUCAUGCUUGGAGCUCCGCACCUGCCGCGUCAACUGUGGGCGGAAGCCGUGAAGGCCGCCAUUUACAUCAAGAACCACACACCUACUGACGUCCUGGACGGCAAAGCACCACUUGAGGUUUGGGAGGACAAACCACUCGACAGCUUGAAGCACAUGCAUGAGUGGGGGGCGAAGAAAUAUAACAUGGUGGGCUACAAUACAACUAGCAAGACGUGGCGGCUAUGGGACCCGGCGGAACCACUCAAAAUUACAAUCUCUGCUGAAGUGUCAUUCCGCGAGGUAGAUGCCCGCGACGUCGCUCGCCCCAUGCACGGGUCUGACCCAUUUCCCGAACAAGGCCAGAUUUUCCAGCCCGGCAUUAUCACUGGGGCCGAGACAAGAGACGAGGAACCAGAACCGGCAGACACGAACGACGGACCGGACGAAGAACCGCCCGCGGUGCGCAAAAGCGGUCGCACGACAAAGCCGCGGGACCGUCUGAACCUGUUUACGACGGAGCAGGUGUUCGAAACAGAAUACGCACUGGUGAUCGGAGGUGAGAUCGGGAACCUUGGUCAAGGGAUACCUGGCCAACUAGGAUACAUGCCCGCCGAUCCACCGAACUACCGCGCAGCGGUCAACGGACCAGAUGCCGUUGGAUGGAUGAAAAGCAUGGAGGAGGAGAAUCGCUCCUUACUAGACCACGACGUUUAUGAGUGGGUCGAUCCCCCGCGCGAUGCUCAAAUCAUCCCGUCAAAAUACAUCUACAAAUGGAAGUACAACGAGGCCGGCAUCGCUGUGCGACAGAAAUCGAGAAUCGUAGUGCAAGGAUUUCACGAAGCUGAGGCCGGAACCGAGCACCGGACGGCGUCCCUCCACGCGAGGAUGGAACCGGGAUCGAAACCAGUGUACGUCAUUCCCCCGGAAGGAUUCUCGUGCGACAGCGAGAGAGCCAGGCAAGUCUGGAAGCGCAGAGCGUGGCUGUACGGGUUGCGUUUUUCCCCAAAAGGCUGGUGGGGCACUCCGCACGAUUUUCUCCUGAAGAUCGGAUUUGUUGAGAGCACCGCUAAACCGUGCUUGUACAUCCUGGACGACGGAGAUGUGCUCCUUCUCGUUUAUGUGGAUGACAUUCUGCUGACCGGGGAGGGCGAGAACAAUGUGCUGAGCACAGUAGAUCAGCUGAAUGAGCGUUUCGAAACGGUGGACCUGGGAGGAGCCAGGUUCCUGCUCGGUAUGGGAAUCGACCGAGACAGAGCCGCAGGGACCAUUCUUUUGGAACAGGAAGCGUAUACCAACGCAGUGUUGGACAAGUUCGGCAUGGCCGACGCGCGUCCGACGACAUCUCCGUCUGAGGCUGGACCGGUGUCCGUCUUGGAGGACCAGGUGUUGUCAGCGGAGGAUACCACAUAUUUCCGCUCCGCCACAGGCUCGCUUUUAUAUCUCAGCAGGUGCUCAAGGCCCGACAUUAUUCACUUCGUGAUGGUUCUGACGCGGAGUAUGGCGAAACCAGGAGGGCGAUGCAGAAACUCAAACGCGUACCCAGGAACCUGA